GAAGAUUGUCCUUUGGCGUUAGGAUAGGGCUCUAGUGCCUGGGGUCCCCUCUUUCUGCACGAUGGAGGAAAUGUUUUCUCUGCAUGCUUGUCCCAUUGGUCACCAUCCUACUUUCAUUUAACCUGUGUGUGGGGGAUUGCGUUUCCUAUUGCUAUUGCCAUCUGGGUAUUUGCUGAGAACGGACUAGAAGGUUUUGCUGCAUCUGCGAAGCUGCAGCUAUUCAAUGGUCAAUUGGGAUUUCUGCUAGCCUUUUUUUUUUUUUUUUUUUGGAAUGUGCUUUCACCCUACUCAUUUUCAUUCCGCAUGCAGCACCCUUUGCUCUUUGUCUGUAAUGAAAAGAAGACUGAGUUGGUGAAUAGGCAAAAAUACUCUAGUUGUUUUAGCUUGCUGCUUCUGAGGAGGCUUUUGAUUAGUAUGUUAUGCGCUGCUCUGCUGAUUUCUUCUUGCGUUGCAGCUACCCCUACACCACACCACAGCUUUGUGUGAAGGACCUCGUUCUGCAGAAGCAGAGUAAAUUCAUCUUUGGUGGAUUUCAUCUUGGCUACUCUCGCUCGGUGGAAAAACUGGGAGUUGCUUACAUGCUGUUAUUGAGAAGGACGUGCUGAGGGAGACCAGUGUAAGAGUAUAUGCUGUCAUAAAGGCACCCACAGUAGUCUGGAGCAAUGCCACCACCCUCGGACAUUGUGAAAGUAGCUGUAGAGUGGCCAGGAGCCAAUGCCCAACUGCUGGAGAUAGAUCAGAAAAGGCCCCUUGCAUCCAUCAUCAAGGAGGUCUGUGAUGGGUGGUCGCUGCCAAAUUCAGAAUACUACACCUUACGGUAUGCUGAUGGGCCUCAGCUGUACAUCACAGAGCAGACGCGCUGUGACAUCAAGAAUGGAACUAUCCUUCAGUUAGCAGUUUCCCCGUCUAGGGCAGCUCGCCAGCUGAUGGAGAGGAUCCAGUCACACAGUAUGGAAGCUCGACUGGAUGCCAUGAAGGAACUGGCUAAACUUUCAGCUGAUGUUACCUUUGCCACAGAGUUCAUCAACAUGGAAGGGAUUACAGUGCUGACAAGGCUUGUGGAGAGUGGGACCAAGCUUCUGUCCCAUUACAGUGAGAUGUUGGCAUUCACCUUGACUGCCUUCUUGGAACUCAUGGACCAUGGCAUUGUUUCCUGGGACAUGGUCUCAAUAACCUUCAUCAAACAGAUUGCAGGGUAUGUGAGUCAGCCUAUGGUAGAUGUCUCCAUCCUCCAGCGAUCUCUAGCCAUCCUAGAAAGCAUGGUGUUGAACAGUCAGACUCUGUAUCAGAAGAUAGCUGAAGAGAUCACCGUGGGGCAGCUCAUCUCUCAUCUACAAGUCUCAAACCAAGAGAUUCAGACAUAUGCCAUUGCCCUGAUCAAUGCCCUCUUCUUGAAGGCGCCAGAGGACAAGAGACAGGACAAGUUCCUUAACCCGCUAGACCUGCCCAUCACUGAAAUGGCUAAUGCAUUUGCCCAGAAGCACCUGAGAUCUAUAAUCCUUAAUCAUGUGAUCAGAGGAAACCGCCCCAUUAAAACAGAAAUGGCUCAUCAGCUGUACGUGCUGCAGGUUCUGACCUUUAAUCUCCUGGAAGAGAGAAUGAUGACCAAGAUGGACCCCAACGAUCAGGCGCAGCGAGACAUCAUAUUCGAACUGAGAAGAAUUGCAUUUGAUGCAGAAUCUGAUAGCAACACUGUACCUGGCAGUGGAACAGAAAAACGCAAAGCCAUGUACACCAAGGACUACAAGAUGCUGGGAUUCACUAAUCACAUCAAUCCAGCAAUGGAUUUUACUCAGACUCCUCCAGGAAUGCUGGCGUUGGACAACAUGCUCUAUUUAGCUAAAUUUCAUCAGGACACCUAUAUCAGAAUUGUUUUGGAGAACAGUAGUCGAGAAGAUAAGCAUGAAUGUCCUUUUGGGCGCAGUGCCAUUGAGCUUACCAAAAUGCUUUGUGAGAUCCUGCAAGUUGGGGAACUCCCCAAUGAAGGCCGAAAUGACUAUCACCCCAUGUUUUUCACCCAUGACCGUGCRUUUGAGGAGCUGUUUGCCAUCUGCAUCCAGCUGUUGAACAAGACCUGGAAAGAAAUGAGGGCGACUGCAGAAGAUUUUAAUAAGGUUAUGCAGGUUGUGAGGGAACAGAUCACACGGGCUCUCCCCUCCAAACCCAACUCCUUGGACCAGUUCAAGAGCAAACUGCGCAGCUUGAGUUAUUCAGAGAUUCUGCGAUUACGCCAAUCUGAAAGAAUGAGCCAGGAUGAUUUCCAGUCACCGCCCAUUGUGGAGCUGAGAGAGAAAAUCCAGCCUGAGAUCUUGGAGCUGAUAAAGCAGCAGCGCCUGAACAGGCUCUGUGAGGGGAGUAGCUUUCGAAAAAUUGGCAAUCGCAGAAGACAAGAAAGAUUUUGGUAUUGUCGCUUGGCUCUGAAUCACAAGGUGCUACACUAUGGAGAUCUGGAAGAUAAUGCUCAGGGGGAAGUGACAUUUGAAUCGCUACAAGAAAAAAUUCCAGUUGCAGACAUCAAAGCCAUUGUCACAGGAAAGGAUUGUCCACAUAUGAAGGAGAAAAGUGCAUUGAAACAGAACAAGGAAGUUCUAGAAUUGGCCUUCUCCAUAUUAUACGAUCCUGAUGAGACCUUGAACUUCAUUGCACCUAAUAAAUAUGAGUACUGUAUCUGGAUUGAUGGGCUUAAUGCACUCCUGGGGAAGGACAUGUCCAGUGAGCUGACCAAGAGUGACCUGGACACAUUGCUGAGCAUGGAGAUGAAGUUGAGACUUCUGGACUUGGAGAACAUCCAGAUUCCUGAAGCACCACCCCCUAUCCCUAAGGAGCCAAGCAGCUAUGACUUUGUGUACCACUACGGCUGAUGCAGGCCCAGCRGUGUGUGCCGCACUCUGCAACGUGUCGCUGCCAGCGCCAGGGCUUGAGCGCGCCUUUGGCGGGCUGUGCCAGGCGCUGUGGUGCUGGUGCAGGCCCGGCUGCAG